GGCGGAAGUUGCUGCCUUCAUUCCCACGCCUCCCGCACUUGCUUUAUCCUUCAUGUGUUCUUGUGUGUGUAAUCUGUAAGAAAAGUGUGAUCAUGGCUGAUUUCAGUUCUAGCUUUGAUAUGCCGUCAUCUAGUUCAUCUGAGACAGCAGAUGCUGCGGAGCUUCAGCGACUCAUUGCCGUGGAGCAACAGAAAGCUCAGUUUCAAGCGCAGGUACACAACUUCACGGAUGUUUGCUGGGAUAAGUGUAUGCCGGACAAACCGAGCAGCAAGUUGGAUUCGCGGACAGAGACGUGUCUCGCUAGCUGCGUGGAGCGUUUCAUCGACACGACCCUCAGUAUCACGAAUCGCUUUACGCAGAUGGUCCAGAAAGGCGCACACUGAAGGGCAGAGUUCUGCGCAGACAUAUCGGUGUGUGACAUCAAAGUACCGCGAUAUUUGGCUUCCAUAAGCUGGUCAGUCUGGGCACCGUCUUCAUGACGUUCAUGGUGUCCUAUUUAAUUACUCGUGAUGCGUCCAAGACAUUAUUUUACUGUUUCUUAUAAUAUGUGGUCCUCAGGUGUACCCAGGAAGACCAGACUUUGGUAUAUUUAUGACUUAUGUUGUUAUUCACCCGGAAAAUCAACACAAUAUUCAACAGUGCAGAGAAACAGUGACCUUGGAUAUGAAAUUACAUAUUUCUUUUGUCAAUAUUGUCUCAUAUUACAGUUUUCACCUUAUAAACGUGAGUGUUUAGUUGAGUAACAAUGAAUGACUGCUUAAUUUCUUAAUCUGUUUACUUAAGUGUACUUCUAGGGAAUCCAGAAGUCUGUUUUUCCUGUAUGGAUGUCAUCAUAAUGAAAUCAUGCCAUAAAUCUGAAAUGGGAUCAAGA